AUGACAGAGCCGUUGGAGAACUCGAUCCACGCGGGGCACGAUCUACUCGUGGUCCUCGACUUUGGGAGCCAGUACGCGCAUCUGAUUGUGAGGCGCCUUCGGGACAUCGGGUUUUACUCGGAGCUUCACCCUUACGAUGUUGGACCAGAGCGCCUGAUGGAACUGAAACCGAAGGGUUUGAUUCUGUCUGGUGGCCCUGCGUCUGUUUACGAGUCUGAUUCACCGCACCUCGACGCGCGCAUAUUCUCCCUUGGUAUUCCUAUACUGGGAAUUUGCUACGGUAUGCAGGAGAUUGCGUACCAGCUCGGAGGGAAGGUGGAGUGCGGCGAUAAGAGAGAAUACGGACAUGCCACUCUCCAGGUAGUCGAAGAUCCUGCUGACGGUGGCGCGCUAUUUCACGGCCUCAAGACUUCCUGCUCGGUCUGGAUGAGUCAUGGUGACCGGGUGAUUUCGCUGCCCGAGGGCUUUUACCCCAUUGCCCGCACGGAAAACUGCAACUACGCUGCCGUGUACGGGCAGCCGAACGCGCAUGCAUCGGUGCUUGCACCUAUAUAUGGACUACAGUUUCAUCCGGAGGUGAGUCAUUCUGAGCACGGUACGGAAGUGCUGGCUAAUUUUUGCCGGGCAGUAUGCGGCUGCAGAGGUGACUGGUACAUGGAAGCGUUUCUCGAAGAAGCGAUUCGGACAAUCCGCGAGCAAACAGGAGAGCAUGCGCUCGUUGUCGGUGCGCUGAGCGGUGGCGUCGACUCCACGGUCGCAGCGCUGCUCGUGUCCAGGGCGAUUGGAGAUCGAUUUCGCGGAAUCUUUGUGGACAACGGGCUUUUGCGCAAAAAUGAAGCGACUGACGUGAUGGCGAUGCUGAGAGACCAAAUGCAUGUUCAGGUUGAUUGUAUUAAUGCAUCUACGCACUUUUUGGAUGCGCUAGCAGGGGUUACCGAUCCGGAAGAGAAACGCAAGACCAUCGGCAAUCAGUUCAUCAAGGUCUUCGAGGAGCAGGCGCGAAAAAUCUCAGCCGAUUUUUUGCUCCAAGGCACGUUGUAUCCGGAUGUGAUCGAAUCCAUAUCGCACAAGGGCCCGAGUGCCACGAUCAAAACGCAUCACAACGUCGGGGGUCUGCCACAACGAAUGCGGCUCAAACUCAUUGAACCGCUUCGAUAUCUGUUUAAGGAUGAGGUUCGUAAGCUUGGCUUAGUGCUCGGCUUACCGGCGGAGGUUGUCUAUCGUCACCCCUUCCCUGGACCGGGAUUGGCCAUACGUGUUCUCGGUGAGAUUACUUCCGAACGUUUGAACAAACUGCGCGAAGCAGAUGCUAUUUUUCUGCAUGAAUUGCGCCGUGCAGGGCUGUAUGAACAGAUUGGACAAGCAUUCGCUGUGCUCCUUUCCAGCAAAGCUGUAGGAGUCAUGGGAGAUUUUCGGACAUACGAAGAGGUCAUUGCGCUGAGAGCGGUUGCUACCUCGGAUUACAUGACUGCCGACUGGUAUCCUCUUCCUUUCGAGGUGCUGCGGCGAAUUUCACUGCGAAUUGUGAACGAGGUCAGUGGCGUGAAUCGCAUUGUUUAUGACGUCACGAGUAAGCCGCCCGGAACAAUAGAAUGGGAGUGA